AUGGGCGCACUACACUAUAAAAUUGGUCGUCUCAGGUCAUUAUGGCAAGAAUUCCGAAUUACCAAUGACGGAGAUCAAUCGGAAUGGACGAGAGUGUUUGUUAAAGAAUUGAAUAGUGAAUAUCAAGUACCUCCAAUAGAGUAUCCCAAAGAACUUUUUGAAACUUUACAAGAGACUAUCAAAAAUCGAGAGAAUAACUUAAAUACUCCCGCGGAAGAAAGGAUUCAAGAUUGUGAUGAUAAUAUGGAUGAAGAGUAUUUGAAGAAAUUAAAUCUUGAGUUUUAA